AUGCAAAGUGCCAUGUUCCUGGCUGUCCAGCACGACUGCGGCCCCAUGGACAAGAGCGCAGGCAGUGGCCCCAAGAGCGAGGAGAAGCGGGAGAAAAUGAAGCGGACCUUAUUAAAAGAUUGGAAGACGCGUUUGAGCUACUUCUUGCAAAAUUCCUCCUCCCCUGGGAAGCCCAAAACUGGCAAGAAAAGCAAGCAGCAGGCCUUCCUCAAGCCUUCUCCCGAAGAAGCAGAGCUGUGGUCUGAAGCCUUUGACGAGCUGCUAGCCAGUAAAUAUGGCCUUGCUGCUUUCAGAGCUUUUUUGAAAUCUGAAUUCUGUGAAGAAAAUAUUGAAUUCUGGCUGGCCUGUGAAGACUUCAAGAAGACGAAGUCACCCCAAAAGCUCUCCUCAAAAGCAAGGAAAAUAUACACUGACUUCAUAGAAAAAGAAGCUCCAAAAGAGAUAAACAUAGACUUUCAAACCAAAACUCUAAUUGCCCAAAAUAUACAAGAGGUGACAAGUGGCUGCUUUACAACUGCCCAGAAAAGGGUAUACAGCUUGAUGGAGAACAACUCUUACCCUCGUUUCUUGGAGUCAGAAUUCUACCAGGACUUGUGUAAAAAGCCGCAGAUCACCACAGAGCCCCAUGCUACAUGA